AUGGCCAACAAGAGAGCCAACACGGAGCAGGCCAUGAAGCAUAAACGACAACGCGAGGUCGGCGGGUCCGCCAGCGGGAAAAGGACGCGGGCCGAGACGAAGGAAAGGCGUUCGGAUGUGGCCCGGCGACCCGAGGUUAGGCGACCGUACGACCGCCCCGUCGUUCACGCCUAUCGACCGGUUCCGGAGCGGCCGGUCCACGAGAUACAAGCAGUCGCCCCACCUCCGCCUCCACCGAUCGACGACCGUGUAACAAGUGGGGAGACUGGUAAGACUUCUAAGUACUGUCGUUAUCAUAAAUCUUAUACUCACAGCACGGAAGAAUGCUUCUAUCUAAAGAAGAUCAUGGAGGGGAUUAUCCAGCAAGGGACCCCGCCCCCUAAUCAAUGGAGGCGAAGGUCGGCCAGUCGAGGAGAUGAGGGACUUGCCGCCGACGCAGAGAACAGCCGAGGUAAGCAGCUGGCUUCCGAAGAGGACGAAGCCCAAUGGCGCCAGAAGCCGGUUAUCAACAUGAUAGUCGGCGGACCAGAGGGCGGCGACUCGGCAAACACCCGAAAAGCCUGGGCUCGGCAAUUGUAUGUCGGGACGGUUUACGGCCGCGAAGAGAGCUCCAAAAAGGUAUGCCGAGAACCCAUCGUGUUCACCGAUAGGGACCUGCCAGCCGGAGAGACCCCGCAUCGAGAUGCGUUGGUCAUCGCUAUGGACAUCAAUGGUGUAGUCGUUCGCCGAAUCCUGGUUGACACCGGGAGUAGCGUCAACGUGCUAUACCUGGAGACCUUCACCAAAAUGGGGCUAUCCCGAGAGCAGCUGAAUCCUGUCAAAACCCCUCUCGCCGGCUUCACCGGGGACUCGGUGGAGGCGGAAGGGUCGAUCACCCUUCCCGUGGAGAUUGGCAGUUACCCGGAUGUACAGAAGUUAAGCAUGAAGUUUAUCGUGGUAAAUCUGGCCUGCUCACAUAACGCCAUACUCGGCCGUCCGGGUUUGGAGGACCUCGGAGCCCUAAUCUCGAUCGAACACCUGUGCUUAAAGUUUCGCACGCCGAACGGAAUAGGAACGGUACGUUGCGAUCGCAAGGUCGCCCGCGACUGUUAUUUACAAGCAUGUAGAGGGAUGGGCAAACGUGAAAUGCAGGUCCACGAGAUUACCGAGAGGCCCCCUAAGAAAACGGUGAUACCUCGCCCUGAGCCGGCCGUCGUGCUAGAGGAAGUCGAGAUUGACCCCGCACAGCCUAGUAGGCGGGUGAGAAUUGGGGUCGGCCUUCCUGAGAAACUAAGGGGGGAAAUCGUGAGAGUGCUCCAGGAACAUCGAUUGGUUUUCGCCUAG